UAUUGCAAAUCUGGCGGCGUUCGCACCGUACUUUAAUCACCCCAAUAAUCCCCCAUUUUCCUGUUCUCAUCGUCAGCUAAUCAUUUCCUAAUUCAGACUACAUGGGCAGGAAACUCAAGAGCAUCCGGAUUCUCGAGGACUCUGAGAAUUCGCCGGAAUCCAGUGGCGAUUCCCCACGCGCCGCCGUGUCUUCCAAGAUCGCCUCCACUUCGGCCUCCUCCUCCAACAGGAGCCGCCGGAGUGUACAGAAGAAGGUUGUGUCGGUUCCGAUCAAAGACAUGCAGCGAUUGAGUGCUCCGCCGCCGGAUUCCUGGGCGUGGAGGAAAUACGGACAGAAGCCGAUCAAAGGUUCCCCGUAUCCGAGAGGGUAUUACCGGUGCAGUAGCUCCAAGGGGUGUCCGGCGAGGAAGCAGGUGGAGAGGAGCAAAGUCGAUCCCGACAUGAUAAUGGUGACGUAUUCCUGUGAGCACAACCACCCUUCGCCGCCGGCGUCGAGGAGCAAUCUCUACCGUUCAUCUCUUGUUCAAAAGAACAGUGUGGAUUCAGUUUCAGAGGACGAGUUGGAAGAAGAUGACGAAGAGGAGGAGGAAGAAGAGGUUGAAGAAGAAGAAGAAGAAGAAGAAGAAGGUUCGGAAAUGGAGAAAAACCCUAGCGAUUCGGUGGUCGUCGGCGGCAAAUUGGACGACGGCGUGGAUAUGAUGGGCAAUUUGGUGGACGCCGGAACCCUAAUUAGCGGCGGCGAAUUCGAGUGGUUUGCAGAUUUUGAGGCGUCGACGUCGCGUGCGAUGCUGGAAAGCCCCAUUCUGAUGGAUGACGACAUGGUUUUCACGAUGGGGGAAGAAGAAGACUCUCUUUUUGCCGAUCUCGGAGAGCUCCCGGAGUGCUCGACGGUUUUCCGGCGAGAGAUGGCGGCGGAGCAACGGCGGCAUAGCGUGGCCACCACCACUAGUUGAUCUGACCAGCCUCACAAUUAAUUCCUUGGGCUAGAUGAAUCUGAGCCGUUGAUAGUCCCUCCUAUGAUCAUCACCAACGGCGUGGAUUGAUUCGGAGUUAGGCACCCGGGAUCCCGCGUGGAUCAGGCAUUACAUUACAGAGAACAGAUAACCCACCCUCUGGUCCAUUUUAGAAAAAAAAAAAGGGAUGAUUUCAUGUGUUGUAGACUAAAAUAAAAAAACAGUAUAUGUGAAAUUUGAUUUGCAUUGAAGAAUUCAAACUAGUGGUUGGUUUCGGGAAUAAAGAAAGCAAAGAUAUAUAUGAAUGAUAAUAAAAAAGUAUUGUAAUGAUUUAUUAA